AGCGAAGGCGCUGGAGCGCGAGAUGCGCGAUCCGACCAGCAGCUGUAACGUGGACUGCCUGCUGGACACGGUUUCGGCGCUGGUCAGCGAUUGUGCACACGAAUCGCUGAAGCGUUUCAAGAACAUCGAUCAAUAUGCGUGUAAAUAUAAGCCCCUGGCUGAGCAGAUCAAUCAGCUGCGCAUGAAUGUGGAUGAUUUUGAUUUCAUCAAACUGAUCGGAGCUGGUGCCUUUGGCGAGGUGCAGCUGGUCAGGCACAAGUCAUCCAGUCAGGUGUACGCCAUGAAACGGCUAUCAAAAUUUGAGAUGAUGAAACGUCCGGAUUCCGCCUUCUUUUGGGAGGAGCGUCACAUAAUGGCGCAUGCGAACUCCGAAUGGAUUGUACAAUUGCAUUUCGCAUUCCAGGAUAGCAAAUACCUGUAUAUGGUGAUGGACUUUAUGCCGGGCGGUGAUAUUGUCACGCUAAUGGGCGACUAUGAUAUACCUGAGAAAUGGGCCAUAUUUUAUACGAUGGAAGUGGUCCUCGCCUUGGACACCAUACACAAUAUGGGGUUUGUGCAUCGCGACGUUAAGCCCGACAAUAUGCUAUUGGAUAGCUAUGGCCAUUUGAAGCUAGCCGAUUUUGGCACCUGCAUGCGCAUGGGCCCCAACGGUCAGGUGGUGUCCAGCAAUGCGGUGGGCACACCCGACUACAUCAGUCCCGAAGUGCUGCAGAGUCAGGGCGUGGACAACGAGUAUGGCAGAGAGUGCGAUUGGUGGUCGGUGGGCAUAUUCCUAUAUGAGAUGCUAUUCGGGGAGACGCCCUUCUAUGCGGACUCUCUCGUUGGCACCUAUGGCAAAAUCAUGGAUCACAAGAACUCGCUCAGCUUUCCCGCCGAGGUGGAGAUCAGUGAGAAUGCAAAGUCAUUGAUACGCGCCUUCCUCACGGAUCGGACACAGCGCUUGGGUCGCUAUGGCAUCGAGGACAUCAAGGCGCAUCCGUUCUUUCGCAACGACACGUGGUCGUUCGAUAAUAUACGACAGAGUGUGCCGCCUGUGGUGCCGGAGCUGACGUCCGACGAUGAUACGCGCAAUUUCGAGGAUAUUGAACGGGAUGAGAAGCCCGAGGAGAUGUUUCCGGUGCCCAAGAGUUUCGAUGGCAAUCAUCUGCCCUUCAUUGGCUUCACCUAUACGGGCGACUAUCAGCUGCUCUCGAGCGACACUGUCGAUGCGGAAUCAAAGGAAUCACAGUCGGUGAACAGCAGCACCAAUGCAAACAACAAUCAUGGACACAAUCAUCGCCAUCGGCCGUCAAAUUCGAAUGAGCUGAAGCGGCUGGAGGCGCUGCUCGAACGGGAACGGGCUCGUUGCGAGGCACUGGAGCAGCAGGACACGAGAUUGAGGCAACAACUGGAUGUGAUCACCAAGCGAGAGGCCGACUUGCAGCGCAUUGCGAGCGAAUAUGAAAUGGAUUUGACGCUGAGGCAGCACAACUACAAGGUGGCCAUGCAGAAGGUCGAGGUGGAGAUCGAGCUGCGCAAGAAGGCGGAGGCGUUGAUUGUGGAGACACAGCGGAAGCUGGAGAACGAGCAAAAGACACGCAUGCGUGAUCUGAAUAUCAAUGAGAAGGUCCUCACGCUCGAGAAGCAGCUGCACGACAUGGAGCUGAGCUUUAAGAACGAAACGGAGCAAACACAGAAGCUGAAGAAACAGAAUGCCGAGCUGGGCUUCACGCUGAAAACGCACGAGGAGAAGGUGCGCGACCUGGCGGAGCUGAAUAAGACGCUGCAGAAGGAGAAGGAGGAGCUCGAUCAGGAGAAUGCCGACUUGCAGGCGCAGGUGGCGCAAGAGAAAACGCUGCGCUCCCAGCUGAAGGUUGUGCACAAGGAGGCGGAGAACAAGAUGCAGACGCUGGCAAAUGAUUUGGAGCGCUCGCUGCAGCGGGAGCAGAAGGCGCAGGAGGACAAUCGUGCGCUGCUGGAGAAGAUUAGCGAACUGGAGCGAACGCAUGCGAGUCUCGAUUUCGAGCUCAAGGCCGCUCAGGGUCGCUAUCAGCAGGAGGUGCGCGCGCACCAGGAGACGGAGAAGUCGCGUCUCGUUUCGCGCGAGGAGGCCAAUCUGCAGGAGGUGAAGGCCUUACAGUCCAAGCUCAAUGAGGAGAAAUCCGCACGCAUCAAGGCCGAUCAGAACUCGCAGGAGAAGGAGCGACAGCUGAGCAUGCUCUCCGUUGACUAUCGCCAAAUCCAGCUGCGUCUGCAGAAGCUGGAGGGCGAGUGCCGGCAGGAGUCGGAAAAGGUGGCCGCACUCCAAUCCCAGCUGGACCAGGAGCAUAUCAAACGCAACUCGCUGCUCUCCGAAAGAAGUCUGCACACUUCGGAGGUGGCGCAUUUGCGUUCCCGGGAGGCUCAGCUGCAGAAGGAGCUGGCGGCGCAACGCGAGGCUAAGCGACGCUUGGAGGAGGAUCUAACGCAGCUGAAGGCCACACAUCACGAGGCAUUGGCCAACAAUCGGGAGCUGCAAGCCCAGCUGGAGGCUGAGCAAUGCUUCUCGCGGCUGUACAAGACGCAGGCGAACGAGAAUCGGGAAGAGAGCGCCGAGCGUUUGUCCAAAAUCGAGGAUCUCGAGGAGGAGCGCGUCUCGCUGAAGCACCAAGUGCAAGUGGCAGUCGCACGCGCUGAUUCGGAGGCACUUGCUCGCUCCAUUGCCGAGGAGACGGUGGCCGAUCUCGAGAAGGAGAAAACCAUCAAGGAGCUCGAACUGAAGGACUUCAUAAUGAAGCAUCGCAACGAGAUCAAUGCCAAGGAGGCGACCAUAGCCGCGCUCAAAGAAACCGAAGCCGAUCUGCACAAGAAACUCAAAUCGAAGAGCAGCGAAUUGGACGAAAUGCUUGCGCAGCACAAGAAACAGCUCGAGGAGCUGCAGCAACAGCGCAUCGCCAAGGACGAAGAGAUCGCCAAACUGGGCGAGAAGUGCAAGAACGAAGUGCUACUCAAACAGGUGGCCGUGGCCAAGCUGACCGAGGUCAUGAAUCGUCGCGACUCCGACUGGCCAAAACAAAAGGUCAAGGCUCGCUCCACCGCCGAGCUGCGCAAAAAGGAAAAGGAGAUGCGUCGCUUGCAGCAGGAGCUGUCGCAGGAGCGCGAGAAAUACAACCAGAUGCUGCUUAAGUAUCAGGAUCUCCAACAGCAGGCCGUCGAGGAUCAGCAGGUGAAGCAGAAGAUGAGCAUGGAGAUCGAUUGCAAGGCCACCGAAAUUGAGCAUCUACAGAGUAAGCUCAACGAGACGGCCUCGCUCUCGUCGGCCGACAACGAUCCCGAGGAUACCCAGGACUCUGUCUUCGAGGGCGUUUUGUCUGUGCCAAAUAAACAGAAUCGCCGCCGCGGCCAGAACUGGAAGCGACAAUAUGUGAUCGUCUCGUCCCGCAAAAUCAUCUUCUACAAUACAGAAAAUGACAAGAAUAAAACGACAGAUCCCGUGCUCAUACUCGAUCUAAGCAAAGUCUAUCAUGUGCGCAGCGUUACCCAAGGCGACGUCAUACGCGCCGAUGCCAAAGAGAUUCCGCGCAUCUUUCAGCUGCUGUACGCCGGCGAGGGCGCCUCCCAUCGUCCCGAUGAGCAGCUGGAUGUGACUCUGCAUGCCAGCAGCAAUGAGGAGCGGCCAGGCACCAUUUUGCAUAAGGGUCAUGAGUUUGUUCACAUUACGUACCACACGCCUUCGUUCUGUGACGUCUGCGCCAAGCCGCUUUGGUCCGUGUUUAAGCCGCCGGCGGCCUACGAAUGCAAGAGAUGCCGCAAUAAGAUACACAAGGAACAUGUGGACAAACAAGAUCCACUGGCGCCGUGCAAACUGCAUUUGGAUCCGCGCAGCGCACGCGACAUGCUGCUCUUGGCCAACACGCCCGAGGAGCAAUCUCUGUGGGUGGCACGCCUGCUCAAGCGUAUACAGAAGAGUGGCUACAAGGCCAAUUCAUCCAAUAACAACACCACAGACGGCAGCAAAAUAUCGCCCAGCCAAUCGACACGUUCCGCCUACAAGCCGUAUGCGCCGAAUGUGCAACGUUCUGCCACGCUGCCGGCCAACUCUUCGUUGAAGCAAUGAAGCUCGUCUGGCAUAUACAAAAUCAGCUACA